AUGGUCGGAGCUCGCGGGGGCAUUCUGGGUCUCGGCGGCAGAGGGCCGGCGUCGCCGGUGAUCUCCCACCUGGGUCUCCAGACGAGGGCGGCGGCGACGAAGGUGAGGCUGAAGUGGGUCAAGAACCGCGGCCUCGACCACAUCAUCGACAGAGACACCGACGUGAAGGCCGCCUGCCUCCUUAAAGACGCCAUCCUCCGGUGCCCCUCUGGCGCCGCUGCCCGGUCCCUCGCCCCUCUGCAGAAGACCCUCGGCCUCACCGUCCCCGUCCUCCGCUUCCUCCGCCGCUACCCCACCCUCUUCCGGGAAGCCCCCCAUCCCCGUUACCCUUCCCUCCCCACCUUCUCCCUCUCCGACGCCGCCCACCUCCUCCACCGCCGCGAGCAGCGCGCCCACCUCGCCGGAGCCGGCGCGGCUGCCGCCCGCUUGACCCGCCUGCUGAUGAUGAGCAACUCCCGUUCCGUUCCCCUCCCCGCCAUCGCCGCUCUCCGAUGGGACCUGGGUCUUCCCGACGACUUCCUCGCCUCCCUGGUCCCCGCCUUCUCCGACCACUUCCGGGUGGAGCGGCGCCGCCGGGACGGGGUGCUCUGUCUUUCUCUCUCCGGGUGGAAGGAGGAGCUCGCGGUGUCGGAGCUGGAGAAGAUGAACCAGAGGGCCCUUUCCGAGGCCAGUUACAGGGACUUCAAGAGGGCCUCCGCCAUGCCCAUCUCAUCCCCUCUCCUGACCUUCCCCAUGAGCUUCCCCAGAGGGUACGGCUCUCAAAACAAGGUGAAGGCCUGGAUGGAGGAGUUCCAUCGUCUGCCCUACAUCUCCCCCUACGAGGACGUCUCCUCCGUUGACCCGGAGAGCGAGCUGAUGGAGAAGCAUGUCGUGGGCGUGCUCCACGAGCUUCUGAGCUUGACCAUCCACAAGAAGACCAAGAGGAACUACCUGCGGGCGCUCAGAGAGGAGCUCAAUCUCCCUCACAGGUUCACCAGGGUCUUUACCAGGUACCCGGGCAUCUUCUACCUCUCGCUCAAGUGCAAGACGACGACCGUCGUGCUCCGGGAAGGCUACCGCAGGGGGAAGCUCGUUGACCCGCAUCCGCUUGCUCUGGUCCGGGACAAGUUCCACUACGUGAUGAGGACGGGAGUCCUUUACAGAGACGGCGGCCUCGAAGAGGCCAAACUCGCCGCCGGCGAGGACGACGAGCUACCUGAGGAAGAAGAAGAAGCCGAGGAACAGGAAGACGAAGACGAAGGAGAGGAAUACUACGAGGGCUCUGACGGGGACGACGACUGA